CCUGGGCGCGCCGGGCCGGGGCCGCGCCGGGAGCCCGGGGCCGCGGGCGGGCAGCGCAGACUGGAACUGAGCUCUGGAAAAAACAAAGUGGAGCUUGGAGCAUGUGUCCUGAGGAUUGCCUUGCAAAGCCAGAGGUGGUAGCUCAGUGAGCAGGAUGCCCCCAGGCAUUUACUGCCCUAUGGAAUUCUGGUCUAAAGGGGAAAACCAAAAUAUCCAAGUGGACUUUCUGCUGCCCACAGGCAUAUACCUAAACCUCUCUGUGUCCUGCAAUGCCAGCUUGGGCACCAUCAAACAGGUGGUGUGGAAACAUGCUCAGUAUGAGCCGCUGUACCACAUGCUCAGCGACCCCGAGGCCUAUGUCUUCACCUGCAUCAACCAGACAGCAGAGCAGCAGGAGCUGGAGGACGAGCAACGGCGGCUCUGUGACAUCCAGCCCUUCCUGCCCGUGCUGCGCCUCGUGGCUCGAGAAGGAGACAGAGCCAAGAAGGUUAUUAACUCCCAGAUCAGCCUGCUCAUUGGAAAAGGUUUGCACGAGUUUGACUCUGUGCAGGAUCCAGAGGUGAACGAUUUCCGCAGCAAAAUGUGCCAGUUCUGUGAGGAGAGGGCAGCAAAGCGGCAGCAGCUCAGCUGGGCAGCGUGGAUGGAGUACAACUUCCCCUUGCAGCUGGAGCCCAUGGCCAAGGGCCUCGGGGCUGGCUUUCUGCAUCCCCCCACCAAGAACAUCUUUGUCAACGUCAAGUUUCAGUCUGGCGGGGAGAGCUUCACUUUCCUGAUCUCCCCCAAGGAGUUCCCCAUCACGUUGAUGAGCUAUGCUAUCAAGAAGCAGGCCACUGUCUUCCGCCACGAGACAGUGGAGAACCCUGAGGACUACACCCUGCAGGUGAAUGGGAAAUGUGAAUACCUCUAUGGGAACUACCCCCUGUGUCAGUUCCAGUACAUCCGCAGCUGCCUGCACCGCGGCCUGACGCCGCACCUCACCAUGGUGCACUGCUCCAGCAUCAUCGCCAUGCGCGACGAGCAAAGCAACUGCAUCGCCAGUCCCCCGAAGAUGCUGGCCAAGCCUCCCCCGCUCCCCAAGAAAAAGCCAAACUAUGGUUCUCUCUGGUCCUUAGAGCAGCCUUUCUACAUCGAGCUAGUGCAAGGCAGCAAGGUCAAUGCAGAUGAGAGAAUGAAGCUGGUGGUGCAAGCAGGUCUCUUUCAUGGCAACGAGAUGCUGUGCAAGAUGGUGUCAAGCUCUGAAGUGAAUGUGUGCUCAGAGCCAGUGUGGAAGCAGAGGCUGGAUUUCGAUAUCAACAUCUGUGACCUUCCCCGGAUGGCGCGACUCUGCUUCGCCCUCUACGCCGUCAUUGAGAAGGCAAAGAAGGCUCGUUCCACCAAGAAGAAGUCCAAGAAAGCUGACUGCCCCAUUGCCUGGGUGAAUGUCAUGCUCUUUGACUACAAGGACCAGCUGAAAACAGGGGAGUGCUGCCUGCACAUGUGGUCCUCCUUUCCAGAUGAGAAAGGGGAACUUCUGAACCCCAUGGGCACGGUACAGUGCAACCCCAACACAGAAAGUGCAGCAGCUUUGGUCAUCUGCUUCCCCAGCGUUGCGUCCCAUCCUGUGUAUUACCCAUCGUUUGAGCAGCUGCUGGAGUUGGGGAGGAAUGGAGAACAACCCCGUUCUGCACAAGAAGAUCCCGAGGAGAAGCUGCAGCUGAAGGAGAUACUGGAGCGGAGGAGCCACACUGAGCUCUAUGAGCAUGAGAAAGACCUGGUGUGGAAGAUGAGAUACGAUAUCCGUGACCAGUACCCACAAGCUUUGGCAAAGCUGCUCAUCAUCACCAAAUGGAACAAGCAUGAAGAUGUUGCCCAGAUGAUUUCCCUGCUUCAGACCUGGCCAGAGCUGCCUGUCCUGAAUGCCUUGGAGCUGCUGGAUUUUAGCUUCCCUGACCGUUACGUUGGUUCCUUUGCUAUCAACUCCUUAAAGAAGCUGACAGAUCACGAAUUGUUCCAAUACCUGCUGCAGCUUGUCCAGGUGCUUAAGUACGAAUCCUACUUAGACUGUGAAUUAACCAAGUUCCUGCUGGACAGGGCAUUAUCCAACCGCAAGAUCGGCCACUUUCUCUUCUGGCAUCUGAGGUCAGAAAUGCACGUUCCUGCUGUUGCCUUGAGGUUUGGCCUGAUCCUGGAAGCAUACUGCAGAGGCAGCACCCACCAUAUGAAAGUCUUGAUGAAACAGGGAGAAGCACUCAACAAGAUGAAAGCUCUGAAUGACUUUGUUAAAGUGAGUUCUCAGAAGGCCACCAAGCCUCAAACCAAGGAGAUGAUGCACGUGUGCAUGAAGCAGGAAACUUACCUUGAAGCACUUUCCCACCUCCAAUCCCCCCUGAACCCCAACACUAUCCUUGCUGAGGUUUGUGUGGAUCAGUGCACUUUUAUGGACUCCAAAAUGAAACCUUUAUGGAUUGUGUUUAAUAAUGAAGAGACAGGUGGAGGUGGAGUGGGCAUUAUUUUUAAGAAUGGAGAUGAUCUUCGUCAGGACAUGCUGACUCUGCAGAUGAUCCAGCUGAUGGACAUCCUGUGGAAGCAGGAGGGCCUGGACCUGAGGAUGACCCCUUAUGGCUGCCUCUCCACAGGAGACAAGACUGGGCUGAUAGAAGUAGUCAUGCAUUCAGACACCAUUGCCAACAUCCAGCUGAACAAGAGCAACAUGGUGGCCACUGCAGCCUUCAACAAGGAUGCACUCCUCAACUGGCUAAAGUCUAAGAACCCAGGCGAGGCUUUGGACCAGGCCAUAGAGGAGUUCACCCUGUCCUGUGCCGGGUACUGUGUGGCCACCUACGUGCUGGGCAUCGGGGACCGGCACAGCGACAACAUCAUGAUCCGCGAGACGGGGCAGCUGUUCCAUAUUGAUUUUGGUCACUUUUUGGGGAACUUCAAGACCAAAUUUGGUAUUAAUAGAGAACGAGUUCCUUUCAUCUUAACCUACGACUUUGUGCACGUCAUCCAGCAGGGAAAAACAAACAACAACGAGAAGUUUGAAAGAUUCAGGGGUUACUGUGAAAAAGCCUAUAUGAUCCUGAGGCGCCAUGGUCUUCUCUUCCUGCACUUGUUUGCACUGAUGAAAGCUGCUGGCCUGCCAGAGCUCAGCUGCUCUAAAGACAUUCAGUAUUUAAAGGACUCCCUAGCUCUUGGGAAAACAGAUGAGGAGGCACUAAAGCACUUCAGACUGAAGUUCAAUGAAGCCCUGCGAGAGAGCUGGAAAACCAAAGUGAACUGGCUGGCACACAACGUCUCCAAAGACAACAGACAGUAAAGCAGCAGCAGCCUGCACCCUCACUCCAAGAGAAUGUAAUACCUGCACUGAGUCCAGCCAGGGUACACAGGUUUAAGGACUGAUGAAUGUUGCCCCGUUGAAGAUCUCCCACCUGCAUCCCCAGAGAUCAGAUGUUUCAUGACUGAAAAGGGUUGGACUGGCAUCAGCUGCAUGACCAUGUCUGCUGUAGGUCGUUGUGGGACAAGGGAGAGACAUGAGGCAAUAAAAUUACUGCAUACAGAGAAAGGUAGGUAGAUGUACUGUACCCUCAAGAACUUGUUAAGCUUCAAAUACAUCUUCUAAGGGAAGAGCUGAGGCAGUUGUAACAUCCUUCUGGUGUGGUCGUGUGUAUAUUUCUAUUUUCUUGAAAAUUUAGCUGAACACUGAGCCCCUCCUGUCCCUGCAGCUCGUGCUAUAGCCCAGCUCCCAGGUCCACCAUUACAGCUCAGAGGCAUUAACCUCACCUGAGGGUUGCUCCUGCCCUGGAGUGUACACAGGGCAGCUGAAAUCACCACUGAAGCUGAAUGGGAUGAAUUGUUUUACACUUCAGUGUGACUGUAAAAAAAAUACCCAUGUUGUCAUAUUACUGUCUGCUACAGAGGCCAAAAACUGAUCUGGAACCCAUCUACUGCAGACAAAAAGCUGAUGCCACAGGAACAGGCCUGGACUGGCCAAGGGCUUGCUUCCCCAAGUUAGACUUUUGAGCCUCUGGCAGUUUCUGGGUUUCUGUGUUUAUUCUGGUUUUAAGCCUGAAAACAGCAAGAUGGCAUUUUGAGAACUGUCAUGUCAUGUUGGCUGCCAGCUCUCCCUCCUGUUAGGGGACCCUGCAGUGUGUUUGCCACCCCAGCUCCCUCUAAGAUGUGCAGGUGGGGCAGUGCCUGAGCAGUCACUGGGGUGCAGUGGCAGUGAGGAGAUUGCCUCCCUUGUGUGCCCAGGCUGUUUGGCCAGUCUGUGUAAGGACAGGAGUGGGUUUAACACUGAAAUACUUCCAGUAAGUUGCAUUUCAACUCAUUUUCUUAAAAUUAUUCCUGGAUUCCUUUCCACACUCUGUCUCCUUUCAACCACAGUACACGACUCCUUGUAUGGGGGUUCAGCCAAAGAGCUGCUGGUCCCUAAGUCAGGACAACCCAUCUGCUCCAGCAUCCUCCUGCCCUCACUGCUGCCUCUGUCUCCUUCCCAAGCAGAGUCUGUCCCAUCUCCCGACAAGGUGCUGUAAUCAAUCACGUGUCAUAUUUCUGUCUGCAGCCACUAUCCUCACCUGGUGAGUGGUUCUGAGCACUGAUGUUGCACAAGAACAGAUGAACAGGAGCUACUGGUACUGCUCUGUGCCUCCUAGGGCUGUAGUAAGGUACAUCAAGCAGGCUUCAGCCUUUGGGUCAUGCUGGAACAUAGGCAGGGUAGGCUGGUUAGUCCCUGCUGCCUUUAGCUGAUCCUGGGGUGCUUCCUUCCCUUUCCCCAUAGCAUGGGGUUCUCAUGGUGGAGCUGUCAGUGCUGCCCCUGUAAGGACUAGCAGGGCCUGAUGGUUGAGAUACAGCUGAAGCUGAAUCCUGUAAUUUAAUUUGUACACCCUUAACGAGGUUGAGCAAUUUGCUUUUACUCACAGAACUGUUUUUUCAACUCUUACUUAUGUAGGUUAAAAACCCCACCCCAUGCAUUUCAGAUCCUGUUCCUCAAGAGAUGCACAUGCUGCCAAAUGAUGGGCUGCUCUCUCAGGUAAAUUUAACUUUCAUGCCUGGUUUUAAGUUCUCCCCAAACCAGCAAGUUUAGGACAGAGACUGAACUGGCCUGUUUAUUCCUAAUACACCUUCUGCAUCAUGGGAUAGAUUUCAUUUGAUAGUAUUUUUUCAUGCAACAGAUUGGUGCAACUCAUUGCAGUUCUUUUUAAUGCUUUAGGAUCAGGUACCCCUGGACUGCAGAAUUAACAGAAAGCUGCCUGAGGCUGACUGGUUAAGUUUGGGGUUUUUUAAGAGGACAAAUUCAAAUACAUUAGUUAUGCAGCUGAUGAAGAACUGAAGUAACAUUGCCUUUAAAAAGUAUCUUCUACCCCAGGCAGAAGUGAGUAAUAGCAGGUAAUAUGAUGUUUGGUCAGUGAAUAGAGUAUGAAACACCUUUAAUAAGCCCCUCCCUCACUGCCUUUACCCACAAACACCUACUAGCAGGUUGUGAUUUAGUGUUUUGCUGUUGCUCAUGUAAAUGUCACAUUAAUGUAAAAGUACUUACUGUUCAUGAAGGAGGGAUGCUCUGAAGUCUGUUCUAUACUGGUUUAUAUACAUUAAUAUAAACCAGGAUGCCUCUUAUAGAGCAACUGCUACUAAAAGAAGCAGUUACGUAGAAGAUAAUUCACUUUUACUUUAUAGAACCCUGGGAGAUCCCCUUUUUCUACAUUUCAAAUGAUACUGUCACUGAGAAGUGGCCAGAACAGCACUUAUGCAACAGUUCUCUGGCAUGUUACAUGGUACUAAAAGUAUGUUUGCAGCAAGUAAUUGUUUUUGCUGUGUCUCCUCCAUGCUACAGCCCUGGUAUAAGUAGCUGCAGCUGCAUUUAGCUUCCUGUCUUCCUGCAACUAUACAUUUGAUCAUAACACUAGGAAAUCACCAGUGGAUAAAUGCAUACAAACCAGCCUGCAGAAAACAAACCACCACCUAGACUGAAGCCAGCACUCUAGAGCUGCUGCUGCUUCUUGAAGAAACCUCUUUUCUUUGAGUAUUGUCCUCCAGGAAGGAUGAGCUCUCUGCAGUACACUAUAAAUUCCUUGCACUGAUGUGGUUCUAUUGAGUUAGAAUAUUACUCAGUUUUCUUGAACCAGGCAGCAGAUUGUGGUCUGAGGCUUUAAAUAAAAUCUUACAACAAUGAAUCCCUAUUAGCAACUGGAAGUACAGUAUUAUGGAAGUGAACUGGUCAACAACUCAUGGGCCUGAGCCAUCCUGACAUUUUUUUUAGCUGUUUUAGUAUUAGAGGGAUAAUUUUCCUUUCCUGAGCCAGUUUAUAUAGCCUCAGCUUCACAGGCUGGGAGGAUGCUGCAUCAAGCUGCAUCCUUAGUAAACUAAUUUACAGAGCAAAAAGUAUUCAAAAGCAUUCGACAGUUGCAAGCUGAGAUGCAGCAAAGCCACAACCACCUCAUUUGUGGUUUGUACAUUAUUGAGAAAGGGAAAAAAAUCCCCCACACUAGAGUUCUGUAAAAGUAAAAGCUAAAGGAGUCUCCUUAGAAGCCCCUAAUGGAGUUUUACACAAGUACAGAGCAGCAGUAGCUCCUGUCAUCUGUCCUUCACAGUGCAACAAUACAAGGUUGUAUCAGUGUAAACAGCAAGAACUGAGCAAUUCCAAAGGUGUUUCUCAAUCCAGCACAGUUUUACAGAGAGGUUACUCAGUCUAGAAAACAGCCUUACCUCCAAGUACAAACAGCAGUGAGGCAUCAAGUGGUCCUUCUUCCUUGUUCACCACUGGAAGAGCAUCUUGAACGAAACUCUGAUGGCUAUACUGGGUUGCAAAGCUCCUGUCACUCCAAAUUUACAAAGCAGCAGCUCACCUGGUAAGUUUCCAGAAAGCUGAAUUGUAGAGUGAAGAUUAAAAACUUAAAUCACUUCCAAAAAGAUUACAUUCCACUAUAAAUAAGUAGCUUCUGAUUUUAUGAAUCUGCUCCAAGUGAUGCCUCUAUUUCUAUUUAUUUAGAGAUGUUUCUGUGAUUAUUUUUUUUAACUCUGUACAAACUGAUUGUGCUUAUUCUGUUGCCUUGGGAAAAACAAAAAAGAAGUAUUUUUUUAAGCCAAACCAUGGUCCUGUAAGAAGAGAAUGUUUACAUGUUUAACUUUCAGUUGCUUUAGGUACAUGUUUUGUAAGUCAAAAAUAAAAAUGACUGAUGAAUUGUA